CUUCUGCAGUCUCAGGGCUUUGGGGCAUCUUUGAAUCCAGGAAGAUAAGAAAGUAGCUGGACACAGUGGCCUGGGCUGUGGGAGGAGAACUUGGAGAUCACGUGUCCACAGAGGGAAGACUGGCAAGAGGACAUGCAUCUGGAGGGCAGAGGUGGCAGUCUGGCAUCCGGCAUGCUGGAAGUGGAGCUGCAGCAGACGUCAGCUCUGAUGGGGCAACCAGAGCCCAAGGGACCAACCCCCAGCAAGUUCAGGCCUCCUCCAGAAGCUGCCUGGGCAGACCCUCCGAGUUCCUGCCCUAGUGGGGCUGUGGGGCAGAGCUGCAGCAUUCCUGCAAGACAGGAUUUUGGCUUGUCUUUCAUGAAGGGAAGGUCUCACUCUCCUAUGCCCCAGAUCUUCAGCUCCAGGUCUAAAGACCCCUGCUUUACAGAAAACACUCCUUUGCUAAGGAAUUCCUCACAGGAGAAAGGGUCGCUGUGCGUGCUCAGCUGCCAGCCAGAGCCUGUCUCUGCCGAGGAAUCCUGGGACAGCAGCUUGGGGGAGUGGGAGCGCAGGUGGCCACCCAGCGGGGGCCUGGCGGAGAAGGCCGAGCUUCUGGACAGCGGCCACGGCCACAGGCGGCUUCUGAGGCUGAGGCGGUAUGUGCGGUGGCUGAAAGUCUCUGGCCUGUUUAUCUUUGUGGUUCUGUGCUCUAUUUUAUUCAGCCUGUAUCCAGAUCAAGGAAAGUUCUGGCAGCUGUUGGCUGUGUCACCGCUGGAAAGCUACUCUGUGAACCUCAGCAGCCAUGCAGACUCCACACUGCUGCAGGUGGACCUGGCAGGUGCGUUGCUGGCCAGCAGGCCAAGUCGUCCUGGGAGAGAAGAGCGCAUUGUGGUGGAGGUGACUCAGGCAGAUGCUCCGGGCUCCAGGCAUUGGCGGCCACAGCAGCUUUUACAGGUCACUUACAACUGGACAAUAUUUUUAAAUCCGAGAAGAAAUGAACGUUCAGUGCUGAGCAGGACCUUUGAAGUUUUGAGCAGAGAGCCUGUGUCCAUCAGCAUUCGGACCUCCCUCCAGCAGACCAAGGCCGUUCCUCUUCUGAUGGCUCAUCGGUACCUCCCUGCAAGUGUAGAAGCUCAAGUGACUAUUGCUGCGGCCAUCCUAGCAGGGGUCUAUGCACUGAUUAUAUUUGAGAUCGUUCACCGAACCCUGGCAGCCAUGCUCGGCUCCCUUGCAGCACUAGCGGCAUUGGCUGUCAUUGGCGACAGACCCAGCCUGACUCAGGUGGUGGAGUGGAUUGAUUUUGAGACCCUGGCCCUGCUGUUUGGCAUGAUGAUAUUAGUAGCCAUAUUUUCAGAAACUGGAUUUUUUGAUUAUUGUGCUGUAAAGGCGUACCGACUCUCCCGGGGGAGAGUGUGGGCCAUGAUCAUUAUGCUGUGUCUCAUUGCCGCUGUGCUCUCUGCCUUCUUGGACAAUGUCACCACGAUGCUCCUCUUCACUCCUGUGACCAUAAGAUUAUGUGAGGUGCUCAACCUUGAUCCACGACAAGUCCUGAUUGCAGAAGUGAUCUUCACAAACAUCGGAGGAGCUGCCACUGCCAUUGGGGACCCACCAAAUGUCAUCAUUGUUUCCAACCAGGAGUUGAGGAAGAUGGGCCUGGAUUUUGCAGGAUUCACAGGGCACAUGUUCCUGGGGAUCAGCCUUGUCCUACUGGUCUCCUUCCCUCUCCUUAGACUCCUUUACUGGAACAGAAAGCUCUAUAACAAGGAGCCCAGUGACAUUGUUGAACUGAAGCAUGAGAUUCACGUCUGGCGCCUGACGGCUCAGCGCAUCAGCCCAGCCAGUCGUGAGGAGACAGCCGUACGCACCCUGCUGCUGGGGAAGGUGCUGGCACUGGAGCACCUGCUUGCCCGGAGGCUGCGCACCUUCCACAGGCAAAUCUCAAAAGAAGAUAAAAAUUGGGAGACCAACAUCCAGGAGCUACAAAAAAAGCACAGGAUAUCAGAUGGGGUCCUGCUCGCCAAGUGCCUGACAGUGUUGGGAUUCGUCAUCUUCACCUUCUUUCUCAAUUCAUUUGUCCCUGGCAUUCACUUGGAUCUUGGAUGGAUUGCUAUUCUGGGCGCCAUCUGGUUGUUAAUAUUAGCUGAUAUUCAUGAUUUUGAGAUAAUUCUACACAGAGUGGAAUGGGCAACUCUUCUGUUCUUUGCAGCACUCUUUGUUCUGAUGGAGGCGCUGGCACACCUCCACUUAAUAGAGUAUGUUGGAGAGCAGACUGCUUUGCUAAUAAAGAUGGUCCCAGAGGACCAGCGCCUCAUGGCUGCUGUCAUCCUGGUGGUCUGGGUCUCAGCUUUGGCAUCCUCCUUGAUUGACAACAUCCCAUUCACGGCUACAAUGAUCCCCGUGCUCCUGAACCUGAGCCAGGACCCAGAGGUCAGCCUGCCCAUGCCACCACUAAUGUACGCACUGGCCCUUGGCGCCUGCCUGGGAGGUAAUGGGACGCUGAUUGGAGCCUCAGCAAAUGUCGUGUGUGCAGGGAUUGCAGAACAGCACGGAUAUGGGUUCUCAUUCAUGGAAUUUUUCAGACUGGGCUUCCCGAUGAUGGUCGUGUCCUGUACCGUGGGGAUGUGCUACCUGCUCGUCGCUCAUGUGGUGGUGGGAUGGGGCUAGCAGAUCCCCACUCAUUGCCCGAAGACUAAGGGAAACGUGAUCUUCCACAAACAUCAGUCAGAAAACUACCCUGACAUCACUCUUUGGAGGAAAAAAUGGUGCUCACUCUGGAGAUGAGUCAGAGCAGAGCCACCCUGGGAAAGACCUCUGCUACUCAUGCUCCUGUCCCAGUGGACCCUGGGAGAUUUUGGCCUCUGCUGCCUGUUCUUUCUCCCCAAGAACAAAACAGGAAACACGAGAUAACUCACUCGAGUCCCCUAAGAAAAAUAGGUAUAUUUCAAAGUACUUCUUGCUGUUCUAUGUAGGAAAGGAGACAGACCUGCUUGUCACUGCUUGUUCUGCUUUAAUGCCACUUCAACUGGGGUGACACAUGCAUGAUUUCUCUUCAUGCAAUCACUUUUCAUGCUAAAAUAAUCAGCCUUCAAACUGUAUGCCCUCUGCAUAGAGACUGUUUCUGGGAAAAGGCACACUGCUUUUAAGGAAACAUUUUCUGUAUU